UUUCUUCCAUCAUGUUUAUUAUUUCUCUGGAAAUCGUCAAGGCAGGAAGCACGGAGUCUGGCGGAAGCCAUUCGUUCGCUCGAAAUUUUCACUCGCUUUUCCGACCAAACCAACCCGGAACCCAGUAGCUAGCGUUGAAACAAAACAAAGUGAUCGCAGUGCGUGUUGCGUUGUGUGUAUGCAUUACGGAAAAUUACGCCGGCAAGGUGGAAAUAGGAGUUAGAAGCGCCAGUUUCGUGAAAAAUUACUACCUCUCUCACACUCACUCUCACACACCUCCGUCAGCAUCAAGCGAACAAUAAUAAUCCACUUUGCCCAAAGAUCGAUUUAUGCCCUCCUUCCUCCCCAUCGCGCUGCCCAAAAUUGUGCCUGCAGCAGGUUCAUUGUCGCGUGUUUUCCCACCUCCAAGUGUUUGCAUGUGUGCUGCGUAGCCGUGUCUCUGUGUGUGUCUUUCCCUUCCCUCGUCCUGUGUGUAACGAUAGUGUCUCGGUGACAAUCAAUAGCGCCUGCAGCAUCCCUAAAGUGCUACAACUCAGCAGCAGCACCCCGAGGGGAAAAGUGAAAGGUGACGAAAUUGUGUAUUGUGCGUGCGGGGUUUUUCCUACCGAGUGUCGGCGAAAAGGGUGAGAUAGUUUUCUCCCCACUGCGCAGUGGCUUUUUCUUUUGUGCACACACGCACACACACACACGCGCGUGGUACCAUCUCACACCUCUUCGCUUGCCCGGAGGCGGCAGCUGCUACUGGUGUCAUCAUCAACACACACACACACACACCCUCCCGGUUUGGUACGCGCGAGACACAAAGCAACAGCAGCAACAGUAGGCGUUGUGUGUCGCGCGCGUGUGGCACAUCGAAAGCAACCCCCUGGAAAAGAGCAAGUGCGAGACGUGUCUCACACGCACACACCCACACACACACACGUCGCGGAAGCGCAAGGAUUUCCGUAAAGGACGCUUGAAUGUUCGACACGAUGAUGCAGCAAGCCGUAUCGAUCAAAGCCGAGCCGGACUGGAGUGACCUUUUAGUGGCGGAGCCGGACAAUCGCGCGCAAUACGCGCUCGAAAAUGUGAUCCGCCAGCAGCAGCAACAAUUGCUGCAGCAGCAACAACAGCAGCAGCAGCAGCAACAGCAGCAGCAGCAGCAACAACAGCAGCACCAACAGCAACAACAUCACCAGCAACAACAGCAGCAACAGCAGCAGCAGCAACAGCAGCAGCAGCAAUAUCAUUUGCGCAAUGGGGCCGGUGCAAGCCUCACCCCAAAUACAAGCAAUCCGGUCGCGAUCGUAAAUGGGGCUGGAGCGGCUGGGUCAAGCGCGAGCCAGCAGUCGGGAGGCGAUCCCAGCGAGGACAACGAACCGCUCGACAUGAUCGAAGCGAUUGGCGACUCGGACGACAACGAUUUUGCUGAGGCAGAAUCGCUCACGCUGCAGCAGUUCAAGAAAGAUGAAAAACUGUGCGAUUACUACCGCCGGAUGCCGGUGCUGUACGACAAGAGCCACCCGCACUACAAGUUCCAGUCGAAGAAGGAGAAGGCCUGGCGCGAGCUGAGCCGGCUGUGCGAGAUGGACGUGGAGCAGUGCAAGAAGCGCAUGACCUACUUCCGGUGCCGGUUCACGGUCGAGCGGCGCAUCAUGAAGAACGGCGUCAACUGCAGCGAGUGGCCCCUGCUCGAGAAGCUCAAGUUUCUCAACAAACACAUCAAAAUCCGGAGACCGCGUGCCCCGAACGGCGAACCGGACGAUACUGACGAUGAAACGAACCCGAUGAACAUUCUGCGGAAGCGGCAGCGCGAACAGCAGGAGGACGCCAAGGACGAUCUGCACGCGUACCUCGACCUGCAGCAGAUGGCCGUGGCGGCCCAGAACUCGCACGCCCAGCUCCAGUACCAGCAGCACCUGAAGCUGCAGGGGCACGGUCCGUUCGGGGGCCCGCCAGGGGCCGGCUUCCCGUCCGCGCACGAUCCGAUGGGACUGCAUCAUCUGCAGCCGCCGCAUCCGCACCAGCGCGACCAUCAGCUGCCACCGCCGCACGGCGCCAGUCAGCCGGGCGGCGGCGGCGGCGGUGGUGCCGUCGGCCAACCGGGCGGUCCGGCCGGCCAGCAGCACGGAUCGCACCCCGGCGCCGGAGCCCACCACCAUCACCAUCCGUUCGGGCGGAGCGGCAUGCCGACCGGUGGCCACCAUCCGCACCAUCACCCGCACGGACCGGGCGGCAGCGGUGCGGCGGGCAGUGCAGCAGUAGCGGCAGCCGCCCUCCAGCAGCAGCAGCAGCAGCACGGUGCCGGCGGUGGUGCCGGGGGCGGCGCUGCCGGCCAUCCCCAUGCCCACCACCACCAGCAGCCGACGCCCGUCGAGUCGCCCAUACCGGCCGCCAUGUCGAACGUGGAGGUGUCGUACGGGCUGCCGAAGCGGUCCCGCGUCGGCUACGACGGGGACGAGGCGUCCCUGUCCAACUUUAACCUCAACCGCACCGUCAAGUACCAGAACAACCUGGAGCAUCAGGCCCACCUGGACGAGCACGGCGCGUACGGGCUGUACGUCGGCGAGGUGCUGCGCAAGCUGCCGGAACGAAUAUCCUCGCUCACCUCGCUCAAGAUCAUGCAGCUGCUGUACGAGGCGCAGGUGCAGUCGUUCGAUGCGGCCCCGUCCAGCGCCGCCGCCACACCGAAACCGUCCUCCCAGUCGAAGGGGGCGGGCGGUGGUGCCGUCGGCGAACCAAGCAAUGGGCCGGCGGGCGGUGGCGGCGCGGCCCCCGCCUCCUCCUCAUCCAUCGGCAGUCUGCUGGCGAACGGGGGCGGUGCUACCAGCGUCGCCUCGUCCGAGGGUGGCCGCCAGUCGACCGAGAGCGCGGAAUCGAUGAGCAACAACAAGGACUAGGUCCUGGCCCUCCCGUCCACUGCCGUCUGUCCACCGCCACCUCCUCCUACCCCGUCCUCGGCGUCGCUGGUACACUGGUGGUAGGGAACGGCGCGGCGGUGUGUUGUGUCAUUAGGAAGCGAGAGGAGAGAGAGAGAGAGCGAGAGAGAGUUCGUCGCCCGCGCAACUAUCAUUUCAUUGUUUUAGUACUCAUCACACACAAACACUCUAACACAUCCAUUCUAUCAUCAAGCUCUGGCGGCUGGCGCGGGGCUCAGUCGAGAUCAUCCAGUUCCUUCAACUCUCCAAGGAAGGGACGAUGUGCAUACAUAACAGUGUUUGUCCUCAUCUGUGUCAGCAUCUCAACCACCAUACCCGUCAUCCAUCCAGCUUCCCUUCUAAUCCCCUUUUUCACCCAUCGCUCCCAUCUGUUGUAAUGAUAAUGUAGCUAAAGUUAUUGAUAGAAAGUAUUUAGUUUCGUUUUGUGUAGUUUUAAAUGUAUUUUCUAAAGUAUAAAAAAGUUUAUAUAUUUUAACGUGGGUACGUGCGUACGUACAACGGGUACCGCCACACACCCGAAGUCGAUCUGCUGCGCGCCACCCCGACGGGACCCUGCCGCGGUUUGCGCACUCUGACACUAAGCCAUCUUACAUCCAGUCACAUUGUGUAAAAUGUCCCGUUUUUGGUCGACAAACUCUACUAUUCUAGCCUUGUUUUUUUUCGGCUUUUACCAAGAUAGACACGAAGCGCAAGAAAAAACGCAUCAAAAACAAGCUGAAUGUUUUGUUUCGCUAGCGCUCGCUAGAUGGCGCGUCCGUCGCCACAGCGAAAGAGAGAGCAAAAGCGUGCGCGCUCGCAUUUUUCAAUGGCGGGAAACUAGGUUUCGUGUUUUGUUGUUCUUCUCGCCCUUUCUGUUUGCCCCUUUCUUUUUGGCAGGAAAGUUCGCCAGAAAAGCAAACCUGCGUUUUUAGCGUGUGUAGCAAUGGUGAGACGAUCAAAGGUUAAUCCCCUCUAAGCGCUCGAAGCGCUUCAUUUUGCAAGAAGUACAUUUACAUAUAUAUUUCUCAAGGAAAAGAUGAAACGAUUAUUGAAUUUUAAAAUGCUUCUCAUCAAUGCUGCUGCUGCUGCUGCUGAUUCCCCUUUGCGGGUUCGGCAGCAGAGAAGGAAGUAGGAAGAAGAAGAAGACGUAUGAAUUUCCUCCCAUUUCGAAAUGCUAUGCCUCGGAAACGGUCGUGUGUGUAUUAAUAUCGGUGUAAAGCCCCCGCGCGCGCGGUUCUCUCCUUAGCGCACUUAGCCGUGUUGGUCAAUUGGUCGACGUCCAACUCUUAUUUGUGCUAAUUAGAAUCUUCGAGGGUUCCGAUACGGCCGCCCACAACCACACCCUCUAGGGGGAGAUGGGUGUCUGGGGGCGAGUGUAUGUGUGUGUGUGUCCCACGCACACGCCUCCGCUAAUGGCCGAGAGAUAUACAUAUAUAAGUAUGAACAUAUUAAAAACAAAAGAAAAACCAAUCAAUACCUUCUGUCUGUCCUCUAGGUUUAGCCGAUGUGUAUGUUGAGAGAGAAAGAGAGAGAGAGAGAGAGCAAAACUUUAAGCAUUAUAAUACAACUCCCCCCCUGAGAAAGGGGGCCGAAAUUAGAAAGCAGCAAGCGGUGGGAGAGGUAGAGGAGCAGAAGUUUAGAAUGAAACAGAAGAGGAGAAAGCUCAUCCUCUCUGGUAUGUUAGCCAUGUAGCCGUGGAGUAAUAGUAGCAGGGAAAGAGAAUUAAAGGCGGAAUCACACCGAGGAAGAGGAAAGGUGCGUGUGUGUGUGUGUGUACCAGACACACACCCUUGUUCGUGGGGUGUAGGAACGGAAUUGCAGUGUGUACGCUUUUCCGAAAGGAAAUAGGCAAGGCAGAAUAGCAGAAACAAAGAAAACUAAACAGCAAAACAGUAAAAUACAAUAAAUGUUUCAAAACAUCAUAAUGAAAAAAA